AUGGACGACUACCCGGCCGGGAGUCUGGACCACAACCUGCCAUUACUGGUAGUGUCAGGUCUCAGCACCGGCCCAACCAAACCACUGCUCACCGAUCCCGAUCUCAAAGACCAGAGCGUCUUAAUCCGCUCAGAGCUCCCUCCUGUCGACAGUCGGGAAGCCAAGGCGAUACUACGCUACAUCCAGGACGCCGAUGCCACCGCCGAACCCUGGAAUCCACACGAUGCCCCGAGGAAGUACAAGUUCAAGGUCAAGCCUAUCGGUAGAGACUUCCUCUUGCCCCCAAGGCGUGCCCCAUUGCCCCAAGACUUCGAAACUCCUUUGUCCCCGCCCGUUCUGCACUCGCCAUUCUCACCCCUGAGCCCCGGCUCGACACUGUAUCCAGACGGCCUGAUAGACACACGAUGGCUGGGGAAACAUCAGGAACUCAUACCCAGUGUAUGCCUUUGUUUCUACAGUCUGACCUCGGAUACCUCAUUGGCAACCCUGCACGACAACCAACUGAAAACGGAUAUCAAUGCCCUGAAAAACGCCCUCAGUCGAUCGGGGUACAAGUGCCGUCUGGUUGCCGUCAUUCUUAGCGAUCAAGCUCCCGAUUCCAUGGGCCCCUUCCAGGAAAGACUCGAGAGCAUACGAUGGGGAACCGGGCUAGAUCCGAAGACGUCUUUGUUCGUUCUGCCUACCCAGCGAUCCGAGGCCGAGCUCGAGGGCGCCGUCGACAGCAUCCUGACCGCCGUCUUCGUCCAAGCCACCGAAUACUACCGCGAACUUGGUCGACGUUCUCGCAAGAAGAAGGGACGGGGCGUCGCCCCUCAGCCAACUAUCCCACCCACCACCGGUACCUCGCAUACCUUGACCCUGCAAGGCUGGAAUCUUCGCUAUGACUUCAAGGCUGGCGUCUUUGCCGAGUUCCGACAAGAAAUGGACAUCGCACUACGUUCCUAUGACCAAGCCUACGAGACACUCUUGGGUACCGACGUUCUGGAGACUGUCCCAAGUUGGAGUCCAAGAUUCAACGACGGCCGGUUCGUAGCGGACAUGCUCGCUAUUCGCAUUCUAAGGUGCCUGUUGUGGACUGGACAGAGUACCGCAGCCGUGCGAAGAUGGCAAGCCCAUCGCCAAAGGGUUUCUGAUUUCUUGGAUCGGAGAGGGAGGGGAACCCAGAACUACGGCUGGCAGGCUUGGGAAGCAAGAUGGGCUGAAAUCAUGGGCAACUUGGUUGAGAAAGCACACUUCACAGAACUCGAUGCAUCCUCUCAGACACUAUUCCGAGCUCCUGAAAAGAUCUUGUCGGCGGAGCGGCUGCAGCCGUGGGAGCUACUGCAUCACCCCGGAUACUGGUAUCGGACUGCUGCUCGGCACGCACUCGACCGGAGGAAACAGGCGCAGGCAAUACCGGAGGACUCGCGCAAACCUCCCAGCUCGUCCGAGGUAUCGAAAUCUGCUGCCAAUGCGUACAAUUCUUUUGAUACAUAUAUGUGCCCGGAGCCUUACGAAGAGUACCCCUUAAAUGGGGGUGGGACAAACCACUCACAACAGAUCCUGAAACAUCUGAACGCAGCCAGGGGGGAAUUCCAAAAACGUCACCAGGCACGUUUUGUGGCCGAAAUCGCCCUUGAGGCCGCCAAAGAACUGGAAUACGCCAAGGAAUGGAAGCAGGCUCUCGAGAUUCUCACCCCACUCUGGCGGGAUAUGUCAUUUCGCAAGGAAGGAUGGCUGGAUGCUGCAGAAUCUCUAAGCUGGACCUUGAGAAGAGCAGCCGCCGAAGCUGGCCAUGCCGAUUUGGUGGUCGCCAUAGAUUGGGAGCUUCUCAGCAACAGUUUUUCAAGAAGGCCCAAUUGGCAUUACGACCUUACCAAAGCCUUGGACAAUGUCAAGGUUGAUCAUCACCCUGAAGUUGUGCUCAGCGACGACCAUGUUACCUCCUUUCUUCAAUCUUCUUUCGUCUUUAAACAUGACGAAGGCCGAGCAGGCCAAACCUGUCCAGCACAGCUCUCAAUUACUUCGACUGCAUUCUCGGGAAGCCCACCUGUUGUACUGCAAGACAUCGAGGUGCUGUUCGAGGGCAGUGUGCGCACAUUGCAUCUUGGCCACAAAGCAAGUUCUACAACAGACCUUGGCAGAAAGAAGACAUCUCUAGCACAUGUUGCUUUAACCGAGACCGAGAUACUGGAAGAUCAUGAUACAGACGAAGAGCCCGAGUCUAUUACAUCAACAAGUCGCGCGAUCGUCCUCCAGGGCAGCGAGGAUUUGACGCUGUAUCCAGGUCAAACCAGGGUGUAUGAGCUAAAUUUGCCCUUGAGAGAGGCUGGCGAAGCAAAGGCUUCUGUGGUUGCUGUUACGCUAGCGCCUGCCACUUUCAAACUGGACUACAGCAUGAAGAUUAGGGAAGACAAUACCGUCGGUGUAUGGUAUACAAACUCAGGUCGGAAGAAGGUCACCAAGAUCAAUUCUCAUAUCAUCAAGGUUCUACCAAGGCCUCCGAAGAUGCAGCUCAAAUUUGUUGGUGUCCACAAACAGUACUAUGCUGGGGAGCCUAUCCAGGUACAAGUUGAUAUCGUCAACGAGGAAGACGUCGAUGCUGUCUGCAAGCUAGAUGUGCACCUCUACGGCCAAGAAGUGCCUCCAUUCAACGCGCGUGUCGGGGACGAGACAGAGUCAUCAAGUACUGGCGAAGGCGAAGAAGCGAAACUCAGUGGCCUAGCCGCCGGCACUAUCGCCACCUCGAGCUCAACGAUCGCUUUCAUUACGAUCAACCCCAUCAUCCGACCGACAGCAUACGAUCUUACCAUCAAGGCCUGGUACAACCUAAUUUCGGAUCCUGCGACACCUAUCGUCCAGACCGUCUCGUUCCAGGUCAAUGUCGUCAAUCCUUUCGAGGCUAGCUAUGAUCUAGUCCCAAGAUUACACGACGGAACCUGGCCCAGCAUCUUUGAUCACGAGAACAUACAGGAUGUGUCUGACGACGAUCAGGAUCUCUCUCAUCGAGCCACGGGCUUAACGCAGAAGUGGUGUCUAGUCACCCGUUUCGGUUCGUUCGCUGCCGAGGAUCUUCGCGUUUUGAACUUGGACGUCAAGGUGAUCAAGACGAACGGUUCCGUGAAUUGCGUGGUAUCCCAGGACCAAAGACACCCUAUCAAAGACUUGACCAUGACUCCUCGAUCAAUGGAAGAGGCACGAUUCGACAUCGUUGCUCAAAAGCUAGGCUUGGACGAGCGCGCGCCUUCGACAGCAGACAUGGCUUUCGUCAUCAAGUGGCAACGCGCAUCCGCAGCUACCGACAGCCCACCGAACACUACGACCUUCCUCCUCGAUCCGUUCUAUGUCACCGUCUCGGAGCCGCGUGUGCUUGCAACAGUCUCCUACUCCCAGGCGCCUACGCCUGCCGGCGAAAGCGGCGCCACUCCAGACGCUUCGGAUUCGGUUCCCCUCGUCAUCCUCGAUAUCACCAUCGAGAAUCCUUCCAACCACUUCCUGACUUUUGGUCUUACCCUGGAGCCAUCCGAUGAGUUCGCCUUUAGCGGUUCUAAAACGACAUCGCUAAAUGUGCUGCCAGUAGCGCGGAGGACUGUGACCUACCGUCUCUUGCCCUUGGUGGAAAGUGGCACUUGGAUUAAGCCUCAGCUGGUGGUGAGGGACAAGUACUUCCAGAAGGUGUUGAAGAUCAUACCCACUGAGGGCAUGAAGAAGGAGGGCGAUGGUGUGGUGAUCUGGGUCCCUGAAGAUAUUGAGGAUGUAGUCGAGGAGGCUGAUGCUAGGGAUGGCGGUCGAGAGGUCAGGUGA